AUGCGACCAUUCAUGCAAUCCAACCCUAUCAUUAUCGAGGUCGAUGGCAUCGAGCACAGAUUUUCCCCAAUCGAUCGCAGUAAGGAUAUCCCAAACUCGAAAAAGAGCUUCAACAAAGUCAUGAACUUGAUGGAGACGCCUGAGGACUGGGCCAACCUGGGCACACUCCUCGCCGGAUACAAGAAGGCUGGCGUGAAACUUCGCAGCCAACACUGGGGGAAGAUUGUCCGCCGCGCCGAGGAGACUGGUAACAUCUACGCCGUGAUUGAGUGCACAAAGCAGGCGGAAAAGACUGGAUUGAAGUUGCAAACACACGAGAUGGUUGUGCGACUCCUGGCCGGCAUCAACGACAAGAUUAUCAACGGCAAUCAGGCCGCCACGGUACAAGCCGUCAAAUGGAUGGACAUGACCCUUGAUUUACUACACCGCCAAGAUCAGGUGAAAAAAAGAGAGGCGGCUGCGGAUGCCAAAGUCCACGCAUCGCGGCUGGCGCGCGGUCUCGUCUUAUUCACGCGGGCCUCUGCAGUCUCGGCAAAGCAGGCCGUAGGAGAGGACGCAGCUGCAGAGCUGACCCUGCUCAAGGACGAGUUGGAGCUCUUGAACACGCUGUGGAAGAACGCGGACCUCAAGGAUCUCGCUAGCCUCCCCGAAUUUGCGGUGCUAAACCCCAAGGCCGUCGAGAAGCACAAGAACCUUAAUGGUGCCGCCUUCGUCGGCGUUAUCGCCCAGAAUAUGAAGGCCAUCUCGCUGGCCCGCGAAUUGGUCCCGGCGGCGGCUCAGAAGCUCCAUACUGUGGAGACUGCCCUGUCAGAGCAUCUAACACAAUAUGCUACGAAUGACGAGCGUCGCGAUGGCAGCUGGGCCGGCGUGUUUAAGAAGAUUACCGGGGCCGAGCCGUCCUGGCCAGCAGUCCCGUCGAAACAGAUCAAGGCUGAUGGGGAAUUCAAGGUUUAA